AUGGAAGACCCCAACAUUCAAACACUUGAUCAGAAUCCUUCCGGUGAAACGAUCCAAACUCUAACUUCUGACACAAAUGGUUUACGUGGUUUAAAUCAGCUGGGAGGAACGUUUACUAACGGUCGACCGCUUCCGGAGAGCGUCCGCCAAAUGAUACUGAAACUGCAUCAUGAUGGCGUAAAGUCCUGCGAAAUUUCCCGCCUUACAAAAGUAUCUCAUGGAUGUGUAAGCAAGCUUUUAAACCGAUAUCAAAAUACAGGAUCGAUAGCUCCUUCUGUUGCGGGUGGAUCCAGGCCAAAGGUGUCUACUAACGUCGUGGUGGACAUGGUCGUCAAAUAUAAGACAAAAAAUCCGGAGAUGUUUGCGCGUGAAAUCAGACAAGUUCUUCUCCAAAAUGGCAUCUGCUCUGAAGAUAAUGUUCCCAGCGUAAGUUCCAUCAAUCGAAUUCUAAGACGGAAUGACAUGGGAACGAAAUCUCUACCUAUGGGAUCAAACAUGGUGGAGAGAUUUAGCACGCUAUCAGAGGAGAAUAACUUUAUAGGAAACAAAACCACCUGCAAACGAAUUGCAACACUUCAACUACAAGACCUCUGUGUCUCGUCACAAGCUGGAAAUAAUCAAUUAAUGCAAUCCUCAAAGAGAAAACAGGAACCCGAAGACAUCACAAACUCCGCAAAGGUCCAAAGGACAGGAGUGACUGCUCAACAAAUAAAAAGAUCUGCUGAUUCAUCAACAAGCAGAAGACCUCAAAACAGAAGUUCUAGAAAAACACAGACGAGAAAUCCCGUCCCAAUUCGACCACGACCAGAAGAUUCAUCAUAUGAAUACCAACACUUCAAAGUAAACCAGUACGUCACAGUUGCAUCGCAAAACGGAAAGAAAAUCCAGGGACCACAAGAAACUAAGACGUCACAGGCAGCUCAUCCCGGGAUUACGUCACAAGUAGCCCAACCUGAGGUUACGUCACAGGCAGCUCAACUCGGGAUUACGUCACAGACAGCACAUUCCGGGAUUACGUCACAUACAGCUCAUCCCGGGAUUACGUCACAAGUAGCUCAACCUGAGGUUACGUCACAGGCAGCUCAACUCGGGAUUACGUCACAGACAGCACAUCCCGGGGUUACGUCACAUGCAGCUCAUCCCGGGAUUACGUCACAGACAGCUCAUCUCGGAAUUACGUCACAGGCAGCUCAUCCCGGGAUUACGUCACAGGCAGCUCAUCUCGGGAUUACGUCACAGACAGCUCAUCCCGGGAUUACGUCACAUGCAACUCAUUCCGGGAUUUUACAAAACAUUACUGCAAACCCCGAAGAGGUGAUUCUAAACUCUGUUCCAAGUCAACAUGUUGCUCCGCAAAUGCCACUUAAUGAGUCACCAAAAGUUACUGCAAACAAUGUAACAAUGUCUUCUUUCCAUACCAGUUCUUCUCUUCAGAUUGCUUCUUCCGCAUCAUUUCAUUAUAAAGAAAACAUGAGCAAAGAAGCAAAAUCUGCAGAAGGUACAAGUCCAAACCAAAAAUCUGUCCAACCUUUCUCUAUCUUGGAUCCAACGUUUGGAUUAAUCCACGUGUCGCCAGCACCUCCCGAGCUGCUUUCUUUAUUAGGACUCACCAAAUAUCUACAAACCACAGCCCCUUACACCGCAACAAGUGAAAACAAUACCCAGUGCAAUCUUGCAGAAAAGCCGAUAUUUCAAUCCGCCAGUAACAAACCCCACACAGCGUCUUUCCAGCGUGACCUUGAAUCAUUUUCUGUUGACCUUGGUACGGACUCCCAGUCUGACUUCUCCAGUGACCACGAUUCAAUCCUAGGCUCUACAUCUCGCUCUUCUGAUCCCAUGUGCAACGAUUCGCCAUACAAUCUUGGUAUUGCACUCUAA